GCCACGAAAAUAAGAAACCAGUCGUUCGUUUGCACUGGCACGUUCAACAUGCGCGGAUCGCUGAUAAUAGCCCUCGCGGUCGUUUUACCGCUGUUGGCCGCCGACACUUUCGCGAUCGAAGGCGUCAAAGGCGGGCACCGUCACCAGCAAGGUGUCAAAGGUGGUCGACCGAAUCAGAACCUCGCUGUCAACAGCACCGUACAAUCUGGACUCUGCUACAAGACCAUUCCUUACGCAGAUGCGCUGGCUCUGAACUCCACGGGGCAAUUCCCUCGCAAUACUCUUCCAUCGACGAACGGGGACGAAGAGACAAACGGAUGGAUCACGAUUCUGGACUGCUGCGACGGGUACGAGCGCAACGCAACCUCCGGAGGCUGCGAUCCGCAAUGCAAGCAGGGAUGCUACGGUGGCAAGUGCAUGGCGCCGAACGUCUGCGCCUGUCCGCCAGGCUGGUUCCCUCAGGAGGGCGUCUGCAUGCCUUACUGCGAGCAAACCUGCCAGAAGGACGCGUACUGCUUCUCGCCGAACGUGUGCGCCUGCAAGUUACGCUACGAAGAGGUGAACGGCGAGUGCAGGCCCAUUUGUCCCGGGGGAUGCAACAACGGUGACUGCGUCGCGCCUCAGGUGUGCAGGUGCAAACCUGGCUACGCGCUUCAAACCUCCACGGAGACAUCGUCCCUCGAGUCCAAGAAGUGCGUGCCCAUUUGCCAGGGCUGUCGCGACGGGGAGUGCACCGCGCCAGGGGUGUGCACGUGUCGCGAGGGAUACACCAACCUACGAGGUGACAUAGCAACCUGCGUCCCUAACUGUCCCGAGGGCUGCACAGGUGGAGACUGCGUAUCUCCGGGUGUCUGCAAAUGCAAACCCGGCUACAUCCUGGACUCCACGCGCAGAUGCGUUCCAGAGUGUCCCCGAGGCUGCAUCAACGGCGAGUGCACCGCUCCAGGUGUCUGCAACUGUGGUCCAGGCUACGUUCUCGACACCAGCAACAAGUGUAUCCCGGAUUGUCCCCAAGGCUGCGAGAACGGGGACUGCGUAGCGCCUGGUGUCUGCAGCUGCAAGCCAGGCUUUGGUCUAGACUCCACGCGCAGAUGCGUUGCGGAGUGUCCCCAAGGAUGCGCCAACGGACAGUGCAUCGCUCCAGGUGUCUGCAAGUGUCCUCCAGGGUACAAUCUCGAUCCAAACAACGCGUGCGUUCCGGACUGUCCCCAAGGGUGCGUGAACGGCGAGUGCACGUCUCCGGGAGUAUGCAGCUGCAGGCCAGGCUACACUCGCGACCACAACGGCAGAUGCGUUCCAUUGGAAGGGAUGUCCAGCACUGGGUCUCAGUGCAGGUUCGGUUGCGGGACGAACGGCACCUGCGUGGGCCCGAAUCGGUGUAUCUGCGACCUGGGAUUCCGCGUGGAUCCAGACACGGGCAGGUGCAUCCCGUCACCCACGUCGUUCGAAUGCAGAAACGGUUGCGGAUCCCAGGGGGUCUGCGUGGGUCCCGACUUGUGCAUCUGCAACUACGGGAUGCAGCCCGAUCCUGUCACCGGCAGAUGCCCCGAGCCUCAGACCAAUCCACCGACGUUCGAAUGCCGUUACUUCUGUGGACCUCACGGCAGAUGCGUUGAGACCAAUCGUUGCGCCUGCGAGGUUGGAUUCAUGGUCGACCCCACCUGGGGGAUCUGCGUCCCCCAGAGGACGCAACAACCGAGCGAACCGCAGAGGAUACCUCAAACGUCUCAAACGUCUCAAACGUCUCAGACGUCUCAGACGUCUCAAACCGGCGAACCCAUCUGCGAGAAUCAGUGUUUGAACGGGGAGUGCACCGGUCUGAACCAUUGCACGUGCAAACGCGGUUACGCGAUGGAUCCCAACGAUCCCACACGCUCCAGGUGUCUACCAGUAUGCAUCGGCGGUUGCCCCCACGGGACCUGCACCAGCCCAAACUUCUGCAUAUGCGACCUGGGUUACAGGAAGGAAACGGGCGUGAAGGGUCGACAGAGAUGCGUUCCGGUUGAGUCAUACUCCGCGAAUCGUAGCUUUCUUUAUUCUUCGAUCGUCGUUAACUUAAAUAUGAAAAAAAAAAAAAACCGACUGGAUACUCGUAGUUAUCGAGCCACGAAACAGAUUACGUAUUGGGAGACGUAUCGACAGCGGAAGUGGGGCAUUUUCUACACAACGAAAACACGACAAAAUUACAAGAUACAGUAUUACACCGACUACCGUACGGAAAGAGAAUGCUGUCCAGGGUAUAAAAAAACGCUGAGCGAUAUUUGCGAGCCCGUGUGCGAGCCCGAAUGCGUGAACGGCAAUUGCAUCGCGCCCAACGAAUGCUUAUGUUUCUUGUCGCACGACUUACACAAGGACAAUUUUUGCAAGCCAAGUUGCACUCUGUGCGAGCAUGGAAGAUGCAACAAACCGUUCGUCUGCGAGUGCGACGACGGGUACAAACUGACCUCGGACAAAGACACCUGCGAGCCGAUUUGCGAUACGAAUUGUGAAUCAUUGAAUGCCUACUGUUCGGCGCCCAACGAAUGUACGUGCCUCGACAAUUACAAGACGAUGGAUACCCACGAAACAGAGUUAAACAAAUGCUACCCGAUCUGCGAGCUUCCCUGCCUAAACGGAGAGUGCACUGCGCCGAACGUUUGCACUUGCUUCGACGGUUUCCAAAAGAAUUCGGACAGCAGCUUCGUCUGCGACCCGAUAUGCGAGCCAGAGUGUCAAUUCGGCGUCUGCAUAGCACCCAAUACCUGCAUGUGCUACACCGGUUACCAAUUGUCCUACGAAAAUAUUUGCGAGCCGAUUUGCAGCCAGCCCUGCGUGUAUGGCACUUGCAUCGCGCCCGAGACCUGUUCGUGCGACUUCGGCUACGGACUGACGGAGAAUUCCUUGUACGUCUGCGAGCCAGUCUGCGAGAAAGCUUGCGUGAACGGGACCUGCAUAGCGCCAGGGACCUGCACUUGUCACCUUGGCUUCCGUUGGUACGGCGACGAAAGCAUGAAACACAUUUGCGAACCCGACUGCAGGGGCAUGUGUCUUUACGGGACGUGCGUUGCACCUGACACCUGCCAAUGCAUGGACGGUUACCAGCACAUCGGUAAAGAUAUGCAAGAAUCGGCAUCGCGGUACUUCGUGGGCUACUCUAGCUGCGAGCCGAUCUGCGAGGACGGCUGUGUAAAUGGAUACUGCAUGUCUCCCGGGAUGUGCGCCUGCCAUCCAGGUUACGAACUGGCGGGGAACAACCCAUCCCUCUGCGUGCCGCUCUGCACGAUGAACUGCAUCCACGGAUACUGCAACGAGCACAACCUGUGCACGUGCGACCCAGGCUACGAACUACAAGGGCACAUCAACGAAUGUACGCCUAUCUGCAACCCGCCCUGCCAGGACGGAGAGUGCAUCGGGCCGAAUCAGUGCGCCUGCGAUAUUGGUUACCAAGUCGUGGAGGAUAGCAAUAUCUGCGACCCGAUCUGCUACCCCCCGUGCGAGAACGGAUACUGCUUUGCAGCCUACGAGUGCUCAUGCAACGAUGGCUACAGAUAUUCCCGGAAUCUUUCGUACAGGUGCGAUCCCGUUUGCGAAACAUUCUGCGGCGACUACGGUUUCUGCGCUGCUCCAAACACCUGCAAGUGCGCGGAGGGCUAUCGUUCCACGGGAAACGGAACGGUACUGGUCUGCGAACCUAUUUGUCAACACGACUGCGAGAACGGCACAUGCGAGUCUCCAGGUGUAUGCGUUUGCAACCAGGGGUACGAGAAAGACGAGGAACAACGUUGCAAGCCCUUCUGCGCAUUCUGCGAGAACGGUACCUGUGUGGAACCCGAAAUGUGCAAGUGCGACGAAGGCUACGUCUCGGUUGAACGCGAAUCGGAAAGCAGAACCGUCUGCGAGCCGUACUGCGAGAACUGUUUCAACGGAAGCUGCACGGCGCCUGGGGAAUGCCAGUGCGACGCUGGCUUCGCGAAAGAUAGCACCGAGAACGGAACAGCAGGAUGCGUCAUGGUCUGCGAAAACAAUUGUCACGGGCACGGAUUUUGCAUCGUCGAAAAUGCCACCUGCGAGUGCCAGUACGGAUGGAACGGACUGCAUUGCGAGGAACCGACGUUCUGCGUUCUGGUACUGGACCCUGAGACCCCACAGACGAACGUAACAACCGUCGUGGACUAUGUGAACGAGACCCUUGCUAGGGUGUUCGCGGGCAGUCCGUUGUGCUACCGCAAUUGUUUCGACGAGAUCGAUAACGAGACUUUGUGCUUCGACGGAUACAAGAACGACGGGGUGGUGAACGACACCGUCGCCUGUAUAAUGGGUGCGGAUUCAACUUGUCACUCGACCUUGUCUCAAACUACCAAGCCGCCGAAUUACAUUUACAUAGUUGUAAUAGCGAGUAUCGUCACGGUUAUAGCGGGAACCAUCGUAUUUUUGUUAAUACGAAAACAGAAGAAACGGGAAUAUAACAUCGGUAACGCAUCAACCGCGUCGACGCAAGACUCGUUGCUACCCGAAGAUGAACGUCUCUAGCGUUGCUAUGCUCGACGCAUAGCCUGGAAGCAGACUGUGAUAUCGAAAUUGAUGAAACAUGAGAUGAAAAUUUCAACUCGUUUCACCGAUAUUCUAUUUUUCAUUGGCCGUUUAAGAUAUUAAGCUUCAAUUUCAACUUGAACGUGGUUUGCCUCCGAGGAUCGUCGUUUAAUAAAUUGUUCCUCGAAACGAAGUUGUCGUAGUGACCUUAAAUAAAUAAAGUAACAAAGUAGCUUUAACUGCAUUCUCGAUAAAUUUCUAUUAAAAGCAACGGGCCCCUGAGAUAUCGUGCAUCCGGUCUCGCUCGCGUUAUGCGACGUAAACGCUGGUGGUGGGAAAGAGAUAAACAGAACGAUGUACAAUUGUCGAUGUACUCGUUGCAGUUCGUGUUUCGCAGGGUGAACGACGUCUUCUUUGCGCAAAUAAACGCAAGAGAAAACGUUCUUGUCAUUCUUAUAGCACUUUUCAAUUUAUUAACACUUUGCACUCGAGACCUUUUUUUCUGAUAUCUAUCAGCAACUCGAGAUGCUUUCUUAGCAUUCUGUUGUCACGAAUUACGUUGUUCUGUUGUCACUUAAUUUGAGAUUUGAGAAUCAGGUCACUUUUGCCUCAACGAAAAUCAUGUUAUUGACAUUUCGAGUAUCAAAGAAAUUAAACCUAAGGAAAACCUAGUGACGUCUGAGGGUCACCUCUCGAGUGCAAAGGGUUAACCUCGUCACGCCCUUGGUCGCAUAUGUGGAUGUUUAGAUUUUUAUAAUUACUGUCAAUAAUAAAAAGAACGAAACUUUGAUAAAAAAAAAAAAA